AUGGCAAAGACAAGAGAGCAGUCUGAGCAGAGCAGAAAUGCUAUCACCACCAAGAACAAGCAGUUUAAAGGGUACGAGACUAUCUCCAAAGACUUUGGCAUCCCAGCUUCAACAGUUGAAAAUGUUAUCAAAAAGUCUGCUACUCAUGAAACCACCAAGAACCUUCCAGGAUGUGGUGGAAAGAGGAAGAUCGAUGAGCGAACCCUAGUGGUUCAAAAUGUGAUGAAUAAACCAUGUACAACAUCCAGAGAACUUCAGAGUAAAGGUUUCCACCUGUUGAUAUGUCCCACCUCACUGCUGAGGGCUGACUGCUGGCUUAUCGAGGGCGACAAAGGCUACGUGUGGCUUGCAAUCUGUAGCCAGAACCAGCCGCCGUAUGAGACAAUCCCUCAGCACAUAAAUAACACUGUGCACGACCUGCGUCUGAACGAGAACAAGCUCAAAGCCAUCUUCUUCAGCACCAUGAGUCGCUUCACCAACCUCACAGACCUUAAUCUUACCAAGAAUGAGAUCUCCUACAUCGAGGACGGCGCCUUCGCUGGACAGGCCAACCUUCAGGUGCUUCAGCUGGGUUAUAACAAGCUAACAAACCUCACCGAAGGGAUGCUGAGAGGCCUGGGUAGAAUGCAAUGCUUGUUUUUACAGCACAACCUCAUAGAGGUCAUUGCUACCAAUGCUUUUUGGGAGAGUCCAAGUCUAAGCAGCCUUGAUCUGUCCUCCAACAAGCUGGCCAAGUUGGACCCUUCGACAUUUACAGUCCUUGGAAGGCUAAUGGUGUGCGAACUGGCCGGGAAUCCCUUCCACUGUGGCUGUGAUUUGUACAGCUUUUUAAUCUGGCUAGAAGUCUUCAACAAUGUCACACAUACCUAUGACAGGCUGCAGUGCGAAACCCCAAAGGAACUUUUCAGCUUCCCCUUGCUAAGUCCAACCACUAGCCAUGGGCGCAAUGCCAGGACUAUAUUAUCUUCCAUAUGCAAAGAUGGGGUGAUUAUUCCUGGGAUUACAUCACUGCCUCCAGAUUUGGACUCGUCUGGAAUAGGACCAGAUAUUCCAGACCAGAUGGGACCGUAUCAGCAACCCACAGCCUCAUCGACUGCGAUUCCUUCCUACAGCCCUAGAAUCACACUGCAUUCGGUUUCUCUCUCAUCUGCAUCAUUACUGGUUCAGAUACCUCAACCGUUCAGCAAGAUGUACAUACUGGUGCAGUACAAUAACAGUUAUGGGAUCGAUAUCAGGAACCUCAAGAGGAAGAAGGAGCUGAUACUACUGAAUGCUCUGAAGUCCCACACAGAAUACACCUUUUGUGUAGCCUCCAUGCGUAACUCAAAGCGCUACAACCACACUUGUCUCAAUUUUGCUACAAAAUCUCCGGGGCCUGAUGAUCUGCGCGCUGGGCCGUCGACCACCACCCACUACAUAAUGACCAUCCUGGGCUGUUUGUUCGGUAUGGUCAUUGUGUUGGGUCUGGUGUACUACUGCCUACGCAGGCGGCGAAUUCAGGAGGAGAUAAACAACUCUAUUAGCGUUAAAAAGACGAUACUGGAAAUGCGGUACGGACCUGAGGCAGCGGCUGCUGCCACCAAUGACCCGGCGGCAUUACAGAAGCUCCAAGAACAAGCUCACCAUCAGCAUUACCAUAGCAAACUGUCACAGUCUACUUCAUCUAGCUUAGGAAUGCUCCACAGUUCUGCCAACACCAGUUCCUCUCGGCUUUCAACACUUCCACAGGUAGACAAGAUGUCCACAACCUUCUCAGAGGCUAUGACCAGUGGUAAGGGGAACUACAUGGACAUGCGGACUUCGGCCGGAGCGGAGGAACGGUUAAAGGAUGGAGCUGCGGCAGUUGCAGCAGAAGAAAUAAGGAGGAAAAAGAAUGGGAUGGAUGCAGGUGAGGACUCUGAUGAUAACGGACAAGGAUCAACGUCUGAGAUAUCUACCAUUGCGAAAGAGGUGGACAAAGUCAACCAGAUCAUCAACAACUGCAUAGAUGCACUAAAGCUGGAUUCUGUAGUUGUCGCAGCAAGCACAUCUGAAAAACCCUCCUCAUCGCCACCACAGUGCAUCUCUCCAUCCUCCAGAGGACUCAUCCCUCUUUCCCCAGCAACAAUAGACACGUGUCCAAUCAUGUCUUCUCCCAAGAUUCCCCAUUUACCCCCAGUUCCUUUGGUUAUGCCUCUGUCUGAGAGACCAGGAAUUAGUGGUGGUGGUUUUCUAUCCCCACCCUACAGAGACCCACCUCCUGUAACUGCACCGCGGUCUCUACAGCGGCAACUGAGUGCUGAUGCAGCUGUUGUUGCUCUCAAUGUGAAGAACCGCAGCAAUGUGUCCUCUGGAGGCCCCAAUAAGAACGCUCGAGUCUUUAGCCUUGAUGUCCCUGAGCCUCUCAGCCCAGAUUCCUGCACGUUUUCAGAAAAAGGCAGUCCUGUUGAGUGCAGGGAGCCUCCCGAAAGGAUCCCUCUGGUAGGGGUACAGGUGGGCAAUAAUGGCAGGGGAGAAGGUGGCAACGGGGGAGGAGGGGGAGGCGGCGGUGGCAGUGGUGGUUCGGGUGGAUGUGGCAUUGCAGUUCCAGCUCAACAGCACCUCUUGGAGGUGCACCCAGACUACCACUGCUCAGAGCACCGACACUCCUUCCCCGCUCUCUACUAUGAGGACGCCGCCCACUCUCCUGCCCAAAAAGCUUCUUUCCUAAAGCCCCUCUCUCGCACCAAGCGGGACACUGCCUAUUCGCAGCUUUCGCCGCGGCACCACAACUACUCGGGAUACUCGUCCAGUCCGGAGUACUCCUCCGAGACCACUCUUAGGAUCUGGGAGCGCUUCCGGCCCUACAAGAAGAGCCCUCGUCAGGAUGCUUACAUUGCUGCCGGACACGCACUCAGGAAGAAAGUGCAGUUUGCGAAGGAUGAGGAUUUGCAUGACAUUCUUGACUUUUGGAAGGGAGUAUCUGCACAGCAGAAACUUUGAGUCUGUGGACGGGAAUAAUGGCACAAGGC